GCUGGCCAUAGGCUGUCCGGAGCUGGCACGUGGCAUAUCCUGAUUGGUACCAUUGCUGUUGGUGAAAGUUGUUUCUCUGAGUAAAGUUCUUGUUACCUUGAGCCAGGGCCACCAUGAAAUGAUCAAUUUGUCUCAUGUUUUAACUCCAAAAAAGAUUUAGUUUUUUCUUCAUGCUUUCGAUGUUUGCUGUGUUCAAACAGAUGCACCACAAUGGUAAAUAUAUGUGUGUGGAGAUGCAAGAAUUUUGUAUGAGAAUUGAGAAGAAGUGAGGCAAAAAACAAGAGAUCAAUAGAUGGCAGCCAAAUGUGGAGGAGAAAAUGAGAAAACUCCAUGCAAUUGUUGUGAAGCAAAGCAAGAAACCUCAUCUCCAUUCACAAUCCUGCAUAAGUACCAAAGUCAAGUGAAGCGUUUCAAGCGCGGCAACACCAUCACACCGGCCCCCGUGGCCACGCCCCAUGCCCAACACCAACACCUGCCAUCUGCUGAAGCCAUUGUUAGGCUAGCCAAGCUGAGGCUCCUCCACAAAACCCCUCAAGAUUCCGAGAAUCUAAGAGACGUGGAGCUCGUUCUUGAGGCCGGGGAGAAGCUCUCCCAACACAAAUUUGAAUGUGCAGAGAUGUUGUUGGACAAGUGCAUUCUCAUCUCUGAUAAGAAUGCUGCUGGUGGGAGGGCUGUGAAGUUCUUUGCUGAGGCGCUGCGUGAGAGGCUCGACAGCGAGACAGGCAAGAUUGAUCUUGAGAGGAAGGCAUUUGAUCUUGAGGAGUGUCUCCUCACCUACCAAUCUGUGAUCCUAGCUUGUGAGGAUAAACUCCCAUCAUCUCAAAUAGCUCAAUUCACAGCAAUUCAAGCCAUCUUAGACAGCAUUGGCUCUGCUAAAACCAUUCAUUUGAUUGAUUUUGGCAUCAAGAGUGGCUUGCACUGGUCUGUCAUGAUCCAAGGCCUUGCCAGUCGAGGUCACGGGCGCCUCAAGAUAACGGCCCUAGGGUCAUCCGGGGACAGGCUUGAGGAGACAGGCAGGAGGCUGUCAUCUUUUGCUCACUCCAUGAAACUGCCCUUUGUGUUCAAAUCAGUUGUGGCAGAGCUUGAUAAGGAUGGUGUUGAGCAGCAGCUGGUCGAGGGGGGUGGGCCCGACGAGGCCGUGAUGGUCUACUCGGGGCUGCACCUCUGGUCUAAGCUAGCAACUCCAAGCAAGCUGACAACAUUCUUGAAAUUUGUCAAGAAGCUCAAUCCGUGUGUGAUGGUGGUGAAUGAGAUUGAAGCGGAUACUAAUAGCUCGAGCCUUGUGGAGCGCUUGUGCGGGGCCCUCCCCUUCACUAUCGCGACAUUCGACUGCCUCGACACUUGCCUGAGAGGCGAGGCGCGCUGCAGGAACGUGGUGGAGGAGGUGUUCUUCAGGAGCAUGAUCCAAAGCAUCAUCACAGCAGAAGAGGAGGAAGAAGGGACUAGUCAUAGGCAUGCAAAGAUUGGAUUUUGGAGGGAGAUGUUUGCAGAAUUCGACAUAGUUGAGACAGAGCUGAGCAGCUUGUGCUUGGAUCAAGCAAGAUUUAUGAUCAACAGGAAUGCUGAUUGGAGCAAUUGCACUCUGCAAAUGGAUGGAAAAUGCAUGAUUGUGGGGUGGAGAGGGACUCCAUUGCAGUCCAUUUCAGCUUGGAAGAUCCACCAUUAGGCGAAAUCGACCACGAUUUCGCCUAAUUGUGAUG